UAAUUUAUAAUAUUCCUUAUAAUUUUCCGCCAGGUUAUCACCCAUAACAAUCGUGAUUUCGACGCGUUUCCGUGUGGCGUGAAAAUUAUUGUGAUAGCAAUAAAUAUUUUAGUAAACCGCUCGGACAUUAUAAUAUUGUUUAGACGUAUUCGAUUGCCUUUUAUUGCAUUUUCGUUCCGCACGCCGUUCGUUUUUGGAGUCGGGUCUUCGAAUUCUCCACCGCCCGACCACGACUGUUCAACGCGCGUUGUCGCCUUGUCGUUCGCAACGCGCCGCCGAGUCUUUCGUUUGUGUUACCGUGGACGAUUUGCGCAGUUGAUUCACGACGGUUGUUCCGUUUUCGGUCUCGUACUGUAAUAUAGGUAAUCGUCAUUGUAGUACCUACGCUUUAGUUUAUACUUUUUUGUCGCCGCCGGUGGUCCCCGCCAAGUAAUAGUUUAUUAUACCAGCAUGCCGCCAUCAACAGUGACAAUCUUCUCUUGCUCAAUUUGUUUUGAACCUUUAGGAGAAUCUACGUCUUGCUUUGUAAAAUGUGGACACGUAUUCCACCUUGAUUGUAUUGAGGAAUGGUUUUAUAGAUCAGAGACACAGGAACACUCAUGUCCAAAUUGUAGAAUCAUUGUAGAACCAAUAAUCACACUUAAUCCAUUGAUCAAUGAAAGCUAUAAACUUAUAACCACAGAAGAACUGGAUUCGUUACGUAGGAAAUUAAAUGAUGCUUGUGAAAAAAAUUUAAACGACAAGUUCAAAGAGACAGUGCUCACAUCAAAACUGUAUACCUCGAAGAAUCACUUAAAAAAAAGCCGUAUUGCUGUUGAUAAUGUAGUUAAUGCCUUAUUUUCACAUGACCUUAAAAGAAAGAAGGAACUUGCAGAUUACAAAUUUAACGAAGAGCGAAGUAAGAGAAUAUUAUUGCAAAAAGAGGUAUACAAUUACCAGGCAAGGAUUACGUCUGAGUUCAACGAAUUAAAAUCUGAAAUAGAAAACUUAAAAUUGAAAAAGUUGGAUAUUCAAAGUAAAAAUCAUGAUUUUAAACAGCCAAGUACAUCAUCAAAGAAAGCUAGAAGGGAAAAUGCACUUCCAUGUCAAAUACAGUCUCCUAAGUUACAGCCAUCCACUGAUGGUUUUCUUUCAAAUUGUCAUUUUUGGGUCGUCAAUGAAUAUAAAAAAAUAUCUGGAGCGACCAAUCACCAAUAUUUUAAUGAAAACCGUAUUAUGGAGCAUGGUGGAACCGUUGCAUAUCAUUAUACAAAUAUGGUUACACAUGUGAUUGGUAUCUCCAGCAAAAAUGCAGACGUUAUUUUAGGUUUAAAUCAACAUAAAAAAUGUGUCACUGAUUACUGGCUCAGUGACAUUAUUGGAGAAAAGAAAAUGAAAAAACCUUGGAUGGUUCAUCAUUUUCCAAUACCUUACAGUGUAGAUGAAUUACCAUAUGAACACAAACAAAUAGCGAUUGCUAAUUUUCAAAUAGAUGAAUAUCAUAAAAUUAAAGCUAUGGUUGAAAUUACUGGGGCUACAGUAAUCAAUAAAAUUUCGAGCAGUACUUUCAUUGUAAUUAGUCUAAAAUUAGAAGGUGAAAUGAUAAAAAAAGCUUUAUCAUUAAAAAUACCUGUGGUUAACGUGCAAUGGAUAACUGAUAUACUUCUUGGUGAAGAAAUUGGUUUAAAACACUUUAAGCGUAAAAAAUACCAAAAAUUUGAUUUGCGCAAUCCAUACAGAAUGAAUUACAAAAAAGUAUCAACUUUAAUGGAGGCUUGGGACAAGCGUCCGAAAGUUCCUACUUUUAAAAUACCAAAUAAAAAAAUUGUUGAGCCUACUAUGACAAAUAAAAGAAUAAAAACCUGUGUUAUUCAAGAACUUUUACAAUCUGGUGUUAAUAAUGGUGAUGGCAAUAGCAGCUUUAGAACCACUUCUAUUUUAUCUAUACCUAUGGCAACUGAAUCACGUAUAAUAUCUCCGAACGGUGAAAUAGACGAGCAAGAAAUCAAAAAGGGAGAACAAAUAAAGAUAAAUAACAAUCAUUGAAAAAGAACAGCAAUCGAUUUUGUGAAUUUACGACAGCCUACUUGAAGUCAAAUCAAGACUGCAUACUCAUUCAACAUAUUAUGUAAUAAAGCUUUAGUUGUAACAAAUUAAUUAAUUAUUAUUGCAUAUUUUAUAAGUAACAAUAUGAUUAGUAUUAACACGUUGACUGCGUCGCUAAUUGGCGUCAUAAGUAUCAUUAGCAACGCGUUUGACGCUAUAUGACGUCUAAUAUACAUUUAAAAUAGAUAGUUUAAACUUCCCUACACGUGGCUGAAUGUUAUUAUAUUAUUAUUUAGCAUGGAUUAAACGCAUAUUUUUAAAUAUGUAUAUGUACAGUCUCUUCAUUCUUUUUAAAAAUGUAUUUUGUUUUUACUUUUAUCAUACGCACUGGGUGAAAACUGCAAAAAUACAUAUGCAGUCUACGUGUUAAAAGAAAUAAAAUAAGGUACCUAAUUUCAAUUGUCCUCCAAAUAUUAAAAACAUGUAUACAUUUUUUUUUAUUUCAAAAUGUAUUUUAUUUUAUGUAUGGAAUUAUGACAAAUUAUUUGAUUUGUAUUUAUAAUAUAUGCACUAUUACACUCAUAAUGUCAUAAAUAACACUCUUAAUUUAACAUAUAAUUACAGUCACAAUUUUUACUAUAA